AUAAUUUAAAAUAUCUAAUAAAAAGCGUGUUAAUAAAUGCAAUAAAUGUGAGUUGUAAGUUGUGGCGCUUGUAAUAAACGCAAUUCCUCUCCGAGUCUCACGGUGGCGCCUUUUGUUUUUCCCGACUCCGCCGCAGCGGAAAUGACGACUACACAUUUGUUCCAGCGACGGCUAGUGGGGACAUUUUAAAUUAGCAAACUGCGCUAAAGCGGUCGGAAAGUCGAGAACACAUAGCGGUUAUUCCAUAAAAUUUCAAUUAACUCCAUAUUUUCCUCAUGAGUAUGGUGUUGCGAGCCUGAGAAGUUCCAGAGAACACACACAUGAGGACAGAUUUGAACCAGGUCAGCAGCCCCUGUUUGUCAUCUAUCAACUGCCACUUCAGAGACUCCGCCCCUGGCCCCGCCCUCCAGAGAUGACUGAUGCCCAGAAGGCCAACGAGCUCCCUGAAUGCCCCACAGAGGGCGGGGCCACAGCAGAAGAGCAGGACAUGCCCCUGAGACAAGAGACCACGCCCACCAGCUCUCCGGCGUGCGAGGAGCCAAUCAGCUCGCAGAGUCCUGACAAACAGCCGGCGCCUGGUCUGCUCUCCAUGCCGUGCUUACUAAAGGAGCUUCAUAGAGACUCCGCCCCCGGGCAGCCACAGGAAACAGACCCGCCCCCAGCCGCCGCCCAGUCCUGUGUGCAGGAAGACAGCGAUUCUUCCGCCUGCCUGCUGUCGCCUUCCUCCUCCGGUCACCUGGGAGACUCUGACACGCUUUCGUCAGUGGAGGAAGCGCCCGCGCCCGUUCAGACGGCCGGCAGGAAGUCGCGACGUUCGCAUUCUGAGAGCGAUGCGUCCACGGUUGCCAUGGCGGCCAAGAAGAACCGCUGCCAGGAGAAGCAGGUGAAUGGGCGUGUGCGCGUCAGAGGCCCGCGCAGCCAGCAGCAGAAGCAGCGCAUGCGACAGCUGCGGCAGAAACGCGAGGCGGCGGCGAGACGCAAACCUGACGUGCUCCAGGACAGCAGCACUAGCGACAGCGACAUCACAGCCCACUCAUCCUCAUCCUCGCCGCUAACGGCCUCAUCUGACAACGAGGGAGAGACAAUCAACUCUCACGCACCAGUGGGUCCUGCAGUGAUUGGACACUAUGAUAUUUCAGACACUCACUCCGAACAGGAACAGCAGUCUCAGUCGCUCUCAGGUGCAGUAGAAGUCCAGCCAUCUCAGCGUGGUCUCAAGGUUUCCUCGCGGUGGAGUGAUCCAGUCGCUUUCUUCCUGGAAGCAGCGAGCUCCGGCUCAGUGGACGUCCGUCUCGGCGCAGUCCGGCUGGGUUCCUCCUCCUGAGGUGGUGGAUCUGACACUGGAUGAAGACCGGCACAGAUACCUGCUGUGAUCAAACACACUCACACAUACACACUCAUAUACAUGUGACUGGUGGGCCGAGUGACUCAAACCAUAACCACGAGACUGUUGAAACUAAGAACACAGAACGAUGCUUUCAUUAAAUGAAAAACACUUCUGAUACCCUUUGAUAUGCCUGAUUAAUUAUUUGCUACUGUGAGACCACAAUGUGAGUAAAUGACAGCAGAUUUUAUCGGAGCAAAUACUGUACCAAGUUCUCCCGUGAUAAAGUCAGGUAUCAAAACUACUGGUCUGAAAUACUCACACUCUUAAAAACUAAAAUGGGGCUUCUUUAUAGAAAUGAAUACUGAAUGUAAACGGGUGAAUCUCACAAAAACUGGCCAUAUUUCACUCCAAAAUUUAUAUUUAGCCGAAAACAAGCAAGACCGUUUUUAGUGCAAUUAAAAUUUUUGAAUUGACAUUUAU